AUGAUCACAGCGGCAAGCGUGAUGCGUCGACAACCAGCGCUGAAACUGCUAAAUCUGUUUUGUUCCAGAAUGAUUUUAAGAAAUACUCUGUUGAUACGAAUAUUGAUAGCGGCAGUGGAGGUACAUUGCUUGGACGCUCAAGACGAUAGAGGUUUUGGAGAAAAUAAUCCUGAUAAAACACUGUCUACUGUUACAAGCAGUCCAGUACCACUUCAAAGGUCACCAGUGCCACCCAGAAGGCCAGUUUUGUCCGCGCCAAUGCAGAAAGAUGCAAUAGCAAAUGCAAAACACACACUGCAAACAUAUUCCAUCGCCAGAUCACCGUUGAUACUAGCAAAGUCACUGGAGAGUGAUGCUGCAAAUUCUGCAGCUAUGUCGAAAGUAGACACUGAAACAGAAGCGUUUUCCUCACACAAUUUUAAUCCAACUACUCCACAGACUCAGGAAACUCAUCUGGCAUUUUCGCAUCAACCUGGCAUCGCUACAAAUUCUACAGUAAGAGCUGUUUCUGGUUUCGCGCAACUACCGCUGCAAACGACCGAAAUACCACAAAAAAUCAGUACAGAUGCAAAAAAUUUGGAUUUCCAGCCGACUUCUGCUACUAUUUUGAAGCUGCUGCCUGACUCUCCAAGUUCAGACGGCAUUUCUCAUGUGGCACAGCAAAGCAACGGUUUCGAAGAUGAUGCUGAGCAGCUUAGCGAGGAGGACUAUGGAAGUAAUUCCGAAUCUGUGAAGCCAGAUGCUGUUGAUAAUGAGGCCAUUGAGGAACUGGUAAAUCGGUUUUUAAACAGCGAUACAAUGGAGGGUGGAGUGGAGCAGAAGCUGAAUAAGGAAGUCCAGAAGCUGAUUAAUUCAAGCAGUUAUUGGAAUACGAAUAACUUGCAGCCAGACGGUUCGAUAAAGGAAGAAACUAAAGCGCAGGAGUGGAUGGAUGGAUAUGCAGUUGAGGCGCAAAAGGUGUUACACGAGGUUGCUGACGCUGGAUGGAACUAUGUCACAUCAGUGUCGCAUCUAACCAAGCAGCUACUUGAUGAAGCUGAAGAGACUCUGACAAAAUUCGUAAAAGCAAGUUCGAGGCAAGCCAAGCAGUUUGAUAUUCGAUCAAUUGGGAACCCAUCCCUGAAGCGACAAUUUGAACUUCUUCUCGUUGAGGGUGUCGGUGCACUGGAUGAAGGCGAUUUUGACGAAUACAACGACGCUCAAAAACUGAUAGCAAAAAGCUAUGCCGAAACCUCGGUUUGUGAGAUGGGCAGCACAACAAUCUGCCCAUACAGAGUGUCCGACAUUGUAUCUAUCGUUGCACAUGAAAAUAAUACUGCGAAAGCUCUACAUUUUUGGACUGCAUGGCGCGAUGCUUUGGGACCAAAGCUUGCUGCAACGUAUAACCGACUUAUCCAGCUUAUCAAUAAAGGCACAGUUCUCUUGAUUAUCUUAGGCGCCGAACUAAAUGGUUUUGGCGAUGCCGGGGCGAUGUGGCGUAGUCCGUAUGAUUUAGCAAUGCCAGGAAGCGAAGUAAGAGGGCACGGUGAUAUUGUUGCUGUCCUGCAACAAUUAUAUCAAAAAAUUUCUCCAUUUUACAAACAGCUGCAUGCUUAUCUGAGGCGUCGGAUAGCAGCAUUAUAUGGUUUGAGGAAUGUCCAAGGACUUACUCAGGAUGGUCCUAUUCCAGCACAUUUGCUCAGUAUGCUUUUGCUCUGCUUUUGUAACUCGUCUAUGUCUUAA